AUGGCCACAACUAAGUUGCAGAAAACCUUCCACGUCCUGAAUAUUUUGCUUCUGGCAAGUGCGAUAGCAGAGAUUGUCAUGGCAGCCGUGAUUUACAAAAAAGUGUAUGCAGUUGACUUGCUCUCCUCCCUCAGUUGUGGGUUGAUCACGUUUGCCAAUUUUGCUGUGCAAAUCGCAGGAUUUAGCACAAUCUUCAUCUCUUGGAUUACUUCUGAGGUGCAGCAUUGGAUGGAGUACACAAUUGCCAACUACUAUAAAGAGACGUUCGCAAAAAAUGCCUGGGAUCAAAUGCAGACCGCAUUGUCAUGUUGUGGAGAGUUUCGUCCUGAUGAUUGGUUGUUCAACGUAAAUGGUCCUAUUCCAAUUUCAUGUAACUGUGAAAACGGAAUUGACGAUAACUGCAAAUCUGGACCGUAUUUUGAAGUUGGAUGCCUUUCGACUAUGUUAUAUCAUGUAUAUGACUUGUCCCCAACUGUGGCCGCUUUAGCAGCUGCGAUGGCUGUCCUUCAGGGCAUCAAAGAAGAGUGGUGCUAA